AUGGAAAUAAUGAAACAAGAAAGUUGUGAAAAUGAAUUACAAUUUCAUGUUGAUACAAAUGAUGAUCAAUCAUGGUCAACAACAACAUUAAAAACACCAACAAUACCUUUUUCCAAUUUUUAUAUAACAAAAGGACCAUCAUCAAAUUGUUCAGGUAGUCAUCACAAAUUAUCUGAACAAUUAACAAAUCCAUCAAGUACUAAUAAUGAUGAUACUAUAUUUGAAUUUGAUAUAAUGGAUAUUCCAGUACAUAAACCACGUCUUGAACGUUCUCAAAUUUAUCGAAAUGUUCGUGUAUCACAUGUUGAUGAACAUCUUUCAUUUGUUUAUAUAAUGCUUAAUGAAGAUUGGUUAGCUGCAACAAGAAUGUUAAAUGAUACAUUUCAACAAACUAUUUUAGAUAAACAACCAACAAUUGAUAUUUUAACAUUAAAAACUGAUGGAUAUUAUAUGUGUAAAAGUCAAUCAUCAUGGUUUCGUUGUCGUUUAUUAACAAAAAUAAAUUUAAUUACAAAUGAAGAUAAUCUUGUGAAUGUUUAUUUAAUUGAUUGGGGAAUGGAAAGACAAGUUUUACUUUCGGACAUUCGAGAAAUGCCACAAUCUUUAAGUCGUCAAUCAAUCUGUUGUGUUCAAUGUCGUUUAUCUGGUAUAAAUAAUGUCUCAUUAGCUAAUAUUACAACAUUAGCAUCAUGUCAUCAAUUAUUAAAUUAUCAUGAUUAUGAAAUGCGUGUUCUUGCAAAUGAUUUAAUUAUUCUUAAUCAUAAUAAUGAAAAUAUAAAUGAUCAAAUUAUUAAUUUACUUAAUCAAACUUAUGAUAUGAGAAAAGAAGAAUAUUUAGAAGAUGAAUUUCGACAUCAAACAAUAUUAAAUAUCGGUGAUGAAAAUUGGGCAAUUUUAGCAUCAUAUCGUGGUGAUGAUAAUCAAAAUAAUGAUUUUUAUGUUCUUAUGUGUGAUAAAACAACAAAUGAUGUUGAUAAAGCAUUAGCAGCUAUUGAUUAUCAUCAAUAUAAUGUCAAAGAACCACGUUCAAUUCAUCCACUUUGUGUUAAACCAAGAAUGAUGGUAAUUGCACCAUGGAAACAUGGUAAAGGUGAUGGUGAAGAAAUAACUGGAUAUUAUCGAGCAUGGAUUAGAUCAAUUGAAGGUGAAAAAUGUCGAAUUGUAUUUGUUGAUUAUGGAAAUGAAUGUGAUAUUGAACGUUCAAAUUUAUUAUCAUGUCCAUCAUCUGUCUCAUGUUUACCAUGGCUUGCUAUUCGUGUUCGUUUUCAACAAUAUCUUUCUCAUGAAGAAUUUAAACGUUUUUGGUAUCGAACUGAUUCACAUUGGAUUAAAAUAAAAGUUAAUCGAAUUCAUAAUACACAUUAUACAAUACAAGUUUUUAUUGAUUAUACAUCGGUUAUUUUAUCUGAAGAUAGAAAAAUUAAAAUUCAUUCAAAAGAUAAAUUACCGAAAUCAAUUUCUCAAGAUUUAAAUAAAUUAAAUGAUGAUUUAAAACAUGAAGAACCAAGAUUAAUACGAGAUGAUGUCUCAUCAUUAAUAUUAUAUGAAAUUCGAAAAAAACUAAAUCAACUUGCAGAUAGAUUCGAUGAAAAUGAAAAGAAAAAUGAUGAACGAUAUAAUCAAUUAAUUGAACAACUUCAACAUUAA